AUGGCCAGCAAGCAAGUAAUACUGUUUCUCUUCUGUGGAGAAAUCUGGAAAUCACUUUCUACAGCAAUACCCCAAGACACUUCCAUGAAUAAAAGAAAUGCAUACACCAGUAUCAGGAGUCCAAGGGAAGACAAAGCUCCUCUGUAUCAACUGCAAGCAACUGGACUCAGUUUGCACAAAUCUGGACCAGCACUGACUGUUACGACACCACCUUGGUUCCCCAAAGCACAUGCAGAACCUAGCAAUGGAAGCUGGAUAGCAGCACUGAUAAUUGGCAUCAUUUUGAUUGGUAUGAUAAUGGCUAUUAUUAUAAUUCUUCUGUGGAAAUGCUGCAGGAGGCCAGUUUUAGUUGAUUCAAACUGGGCAGGUCGUUCUCCAUUUUCCGAUGGAGACACCCCAGAUGUCUUUAUGGACUCUGACCAGGCUACCAAACGUUCAUCAGUUUUAUUUAUGUUGCCUUGGAAAUUGCAACAAGACACAAGCUUACCACACAACCCCGCUGCAUCAGAGAAACCAUCCAGCUGCACCACCAGUAAUGCAAACAGCCAGCUGCCUCCGCCAGCAGAAGACAGCCCUGCAGCCAGCGUUUCACUUCCCAACAGCGCUGCACCUCCAGCUCCCACCUCAGAGGCAGCAAGCUGUCCUCACCCAGCGGCCUCCCCCGAAUCGCCAGAUCUGCCACCUCCACCUGACUGGCUCAGGGAACCAACAGAGGAUCACAGUUCAGGUCUCGGCAAGUGCCAGGAAUUUCCCUCAGGAACAGAGGAACAAUUUCCCCCACCGCCCAAGUUACUUAUCCAAGAGGUUCACGAACCACUGCCCCACCUGCUGCAGCCAGAACACCCUCUGUAG